CUGCGUGUACCACAGCUUGAAGCCAGUGUCCUCCCACCUCCUUCGCCUUCUGUGCUCUUCAUUUGGUUUCUUGGACGCAAUGGAUAUCAACACCUCUCCUCACCGAUGUAUCAACUAGCUCCCGUAGUUUACCUGCUGGGGACCUACGUUCCAGCUAAAACCCUACAGGAACGUAGUGCAUAUGAUAGCUGUAGGGUAAGGACCCGCUUAGGUAGCUGGAACGUAGGGUCCCUAGCAGGUAAACCCUACAGCUAUCAUAUGCACAGUCCUAGAUGGCAGCCAUGCAUUAAGCAAUCAAGCUUCUAAUACAUUAGUGAUAUUAAUUAAGGGGUAUGUUAAUAAUAUCUCAGUUCAACAACUGAUGGCAUACUUCAAGCAGUCAUGUUGAUUGUACCAGCUAUAUCCUUCUUGCUGCACUUGAUAACUUAAUGAGAAAAUUGAAUACAUGGUUACAUUCAGGAUACCUGGCACAUUGUUCAUCUGCUAGAUCAGUGAUUACAGGUUACAAAUUCGCAUUUUGUUUGGCAAGCUACAAUUAAAUUAUAAAUAAGAUUCUUUACACGACUAUACAUAAGAUCUACAAAGCGCGGACACGCAAAAACAGCUACAUCGGCAUCCUAGUAUGGGUGGACACGGCGAUACGCGUAUCCUGCAGUAUCCCAUCUUUUCCGAAUUAAAAAAAACUAAAUAGGGAUAUGCUGUGGACACGGUGGGGCCUCUUGGGGCCUCUGGAGGCCAGUAACGGCCCUAUGCAAACCCUACUAUUGGCAGGUUUGCACGCAUGAGCGCCACAAAAGGGACGAGCUGCUCCAGGCUCCAGCGACUCCGCCACUGCCGCUGUUUUCCACAAGACCAGCAGCCUCUCCUCCCGACGACAACCAUGCUCAAGUAGGUAACCUCAAUCUCUUCAUCUCUUUGUGACUCAUUUUUUUGCUGUUGAGCUGCUGCUGCUAGCUUCCCCGUGCGGCCAUGCCAUUGCUGCUUGGGUUUUUGAUUAGCUGCAUGCUGUUGUGCUGCUUGAAUGCUUUUGGUUGGGUUCUUUUCUUUGUGCUGCUGUUGAGCGUUGACUGUCAUUGCUGCUUGCUGUUAGGGAGCAUGGCAUCUGGGAGCGCCGCCGCCGGCAGCCAAUCGUCCGUGGGUGAGAGUGAAGGCUCCUAGUUAUCAUGUUAUGAGUGGACUGUGUUAUGCUGUCAUGUUGUGUCUACUGUCUAGUGUGUACUAUGGUUUAUUUUUGUAAUACCGCGUCAUGUUGGGAGCUUGAGAUUGCCAAACCAUACUGCACUUGGGAGCCAAAUACAUUGGACAUUUGGAAAGCAAAUGUCUUUACUGUUUUCAUGUUCUGUACCACUUAAGAUUAUGUCUUCUUAAGUUUCUAAUACUAGCAUUUGAUGUAUUUUGCAAGUUGCAAUGACAUGGGCCUGGAGGACCAAUUAAUUCAAUCAUUGAACACUUGAGAAAAAGGAGACAGCAAAUGGGGCAGUAUUCUGAUCUCAUCUCAGUUUCUCAUUAAUCUUUUGUCUUUAACUCCUUAUUGCAUGGUGUAUUUUUAAUUUAUAUAUAUUCUCCGUAUCCCGGUGUGGCUGUUUUUGGAAAAUGCCGUAUCCCGUGUCCCCGAUGCGUAUCGCCGUGUCCGUGUCCUCGUAUCCGUGCUUUUUAGCAUAAGAUUUGGAUCUUUAUCAUUAGUAGGUGUGAAUGACAUUGAUCCAGUGAACCAGAUUCUUCCAGAGCCACUUGAUGACAUGAACUUGGUAAAUCAUAGUGAGAACGGCAGAUUGAGAUCGAAGGUAUGGAUGGACUUUACACCUGUCUAUGUUGAGGGGAGAAUCCAGGGUGCUGACUGUGUCCAUUGCCACACACGACUUAGUGCAGAAAAGAGUACAUGCGAUUUAAACCAACACACUCAGACUUGUUCAGCACGGGCUGGAACUAGUGUAAAUCAUCAGAAAGAUGGGCUUUUCUUGUCCAGUGUACCAAUUUUUAAAUCUAGGGUGAAGGAUGAACUUUUACCUGCCUUGACAAAUGGUAAGGUUCAGAUUGCAGAAUAUGCUAGCAGGUUCCACUUGGGUUAUAAUUCUAGUGACAAAACUUGUCAAAAUCAGCACAUUCUGGCUUUACCAGCAGACAACAUGACCCCAAUGGAACAGUAUAAGUCGUCUGCUCGUGCUCCAGAUAUCAAGAUCAGGAAAUUUGAUCAAGAAGCAUCUUAUCAAGAGCUAACUAGGAUGAUAAUAAUGCAUGGCUAUCCCCUGUCAAUUGUGGAGCAUGAAGAAAUGAAAAGAUUUGCGAAGGGCCUUAACCCUGUGUUUAACAUGGCUUCAAGCCUAGAUAUGGAAGAAUAUUCAAUUCUGCUGUUUCAGAAAGAGAAGUCUGACCUUAAGGAGAAAAUUGCACUUUCGUCACGACGAGUUUCGUUAUCAGCAAGUGUGUGGGUCCCUCAUGGAGCCGAUCCCACAGUAAAGUACCUGUGUUUGACCGCGCAUUUUAUUGAUGCUGAAUGGAAGCUUCAAAGGAGAAUAAUCAAGUUUGGUGUGCUUUGGUCCUCACCUUCUGAUUUGGAAAGGAUGAUACACUGUAAGGAGGCUUGUGUGCUAGAAUCUGAGGUUGGGGCGUAUAAUGUCAUAUGGGAAGCUAUAAGAGAGUGGAAUCUUGACAGGAAGCUUUUCUGCUUGACAUCUGUAAGCGAAAUAAGAAACAGUGGAAGUAUCUCAAAGCUGAAGGACAUGCUUAUACAGAGGAACUGUCUUCCUAUUAGAGGUGAGCUAUACAAUAUUGCUUGUGUGGAUGAUAUGGUUGACAGCGUUCUUUCGAAAGGGCAACCAUUGCUUUAUCGUGUCGGUGAUCUGCUAGAGAGAUUUAUUCAAGCACGUGCAUCUUCAUCGCUGACUCAGCAGCAACUUUUGGAAGUUGCUAACGAUGUUGAUAUGAAGUGCCCCCAUGAAGAUGCAAAAUGGUGGCAUAAAAUUUACUUUAGACUUGAGGUUCUUUUGCAUUUCAAGAAGUUACUUCCCUCUGAAGAAUUUGUAUCUGUGGAAGAAAUGAAAAUUGUUGAGCCUAUCUAUAAGAUUUUGAGGGUUUUCUAUCGAGUCGUUGAAGUAAUGUCUGGGGCUGUUUGCCUGACAGCAAAUAUGUACUUCCAUGAAGUAUGGAAAGUUAGGACGAUUUUGCAAGAAGAAGCAUGUACUGAACACUCCGACGUUGCUAGCAUGAUUAGAGAGAUGCAGGAAGCAUUCAAUGAAUAUUGGGCAAAGUCGUACUUGUGGUUGUCAGUGCCUGUUGUUCUUGAUCCGAGAUUCAAAAUUACUUUUAUCGAUUUCCGUCUUAAACGAGCUUUUGGCACUGAUGCAACAAAGUAUGUAAAUGAUGUAGCUGAAAUAGUGAGGGAAUUGUUUCAUGAAUAUUGCACCCCCGUGGAUCAGCUGAAUGUUAAGACUUCACAUUGCGAAGUUCAAAAUGUUGAAAUAGAUGGAUUUGACAGUGAUUUAUUGGAAGAUUGGGAUCAGCAUCUUACUGCACAGACAAGGAGUCAACUAUUGUCGGAGCUUGACAGCUAUCUUGAAGAUGGUCUUCUUCCACGGAAGGAUGAUUUUGAUAUUCUAAACUGGUGGAUGAGUCAUUCUUCGAAGUAUCCAACCCUCUCAAAAAUGGUGCAGGAUGUCUUGGCAAUGCCAUCAUCUGCUGUUCACUGCGAGGCAGCAUUCAGCAGUGAGGGCCCAGUAAUUCAUAAGCAGUGGAGCACAUUAAACAUCAAGACAAUUGAAGCACUUGUGUGUACCCGAGAUUGGAUUAGCUAGGUGGCUCCAUGUUAUGCUACAGAAUGCUCUUCAUGGAGAGAAGGCUAUGCGUUGUACAAAUACCCAUUCUUCUUCUAACAUUGGAGGAUGCUAUUGCUAGGACGACUUACUAACGAACCAUUCUGUUUCCGUGCCGGACAUAGUUCACAGCGUCUCAAACAUUUCUGCAUUCCUCUCUCAAACAAAUGUACACAUCGGCUCGUCGCAGAAGCUUGUUCUUGGGGUGUAUCAUGCUAUGUUGUUCCCUGUGUUUAGAUCUGGGGCUCCUGCCCAGACGCUCGCGUGCAGUGCCUAUGGUUCGCUCCUGUUUUAACCUAACGAGGAUCAGUUGUGUAAAUUGUAUGGAAGACAUUCGCUGUUCAAUUUACUAGUGGCCAU